GCUCCCUCAAGAUAGGAUUGCGUAUUAUACCCAUCUUACAGCCAUGAGGAUAGUCCAGUCCCUUCAACGCAAACUGAAAUCCAUGGAGAUCAUGAAACAGGCCGCAAACUGCAACAGUGAUGAAUUAAUGGUUUUAUUAACUGGAUUUAUUUUUUGUAAACUUUCAAAGCACUUUUGUUCAAACUCUUUGCCGCUGCUACCUGGAAACAUCCUGACUCUCAUGCUGAAGGCUUCAGAAAGAAAAUAUCCUACUGCCUCCAUGAAGCUGGUUAUUCAUGAAGACACUGUGACAUGUGUCUUAGUUUUUGUCCUGCGUCUGGUAUUUCCAGAUGACGACAAUGUUGCUGCUCAGCUACAUGUCUGGCCAGUGUUGGACGAAGUGGUGGACAGACUGGCCAUGUGUGGGGCAAGGGUGACCAGAGACGACCGAAAAGACAAUUUUCAUAUCCACAUUAAGGAGGUCAUUGACAUGGCUCGCUCCAUUUAUGAGCAGCUACUGGAGGGCUCAGGAAUACAAGCCAACUUACAGUAUGCGGUUGCUGCCAGGGCUCGCAUGGUCUCAAGAGACUUUGCCAGCUUUGUGUCAGAGGCCAUAUUAAAGACACACCAGGAUAGAAUAGAUCAUGUGGUCGGCACGUCAGAGAAGGAGGAUGAUCCAUGCCUCCAUCAGAAAAAUGCGCUGAUAAAUCUUGUGGCCAGGUUUGUCUACAGACUUUUCCCGUUCUCAGACCUCCUCAAAUGCUUCCAGCUGGCUGACCAGUUAGGUACUCUCAUUCAGCAAGACAUAACAGACAAAGAGGCAGCACUCCCACGGUCACUGGACAAACUGCAGGAGUCAACUGUUGUUGUCCAUCAAGAGAUUGCAGGACGGUGUUACGAUGGUUACUUGCUAAUCUUCCCUGUGAGAGACGGCUGGGACAUUGACUCAUUUCUGACUGACAAGGAGCACUGUAUACGCACAAAAGGCUUAAUUGUAAAGAGCAUUAUUCAUUAUUUCAAGGACAUUUUAUCUGCCCGAGAGGAAGAAAAGAGAAGGAAAGCAGAACAGGAGGCAGAACAGAAUGCCAAGGAUCCUGAAAAUACACUUACAAAUGUAGAGGAAGAAAAUGAAGGGCCCGCCCAAGGGGAGGAGGAAUGUGAUGCACACAUAACUCCUACCAUGAAGAACCCUGACACCUUCAGCAUCGCAUCAACCAUUAGCAGCCUGACCCCUAUCCAAGGCUUUUUCAGAAGGAUGUGGAGGGCAGUGUGCUGCUGUGCAACUUCCCAGGAGGAGGAUUGAGACACUCCAAUAACGACCUCUUCUACCAGGGGAGAACAACUCCUGGCACCUUUUAAACAAUAAAUGAAUUUGAUUUGCCUCCCCUCAGUGUUGUAUUAGCAAUGGUAUUAUAUCCAGCUGUGCUGGUGCUUUCUUCAACUAACAAUCUAUUUUGUGUUGUGAACUUUCAGCAGACUUUUAGCUUAAAGAUGGACUCCAGCAGUUUAUAGAACCCCUAAAUCUCUUGUCUGUUCAGACAUUCAUUACAUUCAGAAGUGCAGUGUAUAUGUGCAGUGUAUGAUUGAAAGAGCACUGACAGUAGUGAAUUGGCCGA